GGCAAGCGCCACAGCCCCAGCCUCAGCUGUCUUGCAAGGGAAGCAACGCGCAGCUCCAGGCUGCCUGAUGGGAGCUCAUGCAGCAACAGCUCGCCGACCCCAGACCAACUCCAACCCCAACCAUCCCCCGCUACCAAACCACCCACCACCAAGUCCGCACCGGUGCCCUUUUUGAAUUCGCAAAAACCCCAGCACCCUCCUACAACCCGACUUUAGUACAUCUACCUUCACAAUGACGUCGAUAGGCACAGGUUACGACCUCGCCAACUCCAUCUUCUCCCCCGAUGGCCGCAACUUCCAAGUCGAAUACGCCGUGAAGGCGGUCGAGAACGGCGGAACUUCGAUCGGCAUCCGGUGCAAGGACGGCGUCGUACUGGCCGUCGAGAAGCUCGUCACAUCCAAGCUGCUCAAACCCAACGCCAACAAGCGCAUCGCGACCGUUGAUAGGCAUCUGGGAGUGGUAUACUCGGGCAUGAUCCCCGACGGCCGGCACUUCAUCGAGCGGGCGCGGGACGAGGCGCGGGCCUGGCGCGACACGUUCAAGACGCCGAUCGCGACGGCGGACCUGGCGUCGCGCAUGGGCGGCUACAUGCAGGCGUACACGCUGUACCAGUCGGUGCGGCCCUUCGGCAUCACCGCCAUCGUGGGCGGCUUCGACAGCGCCGCCGAGACCCCCGUCGACGGCGAGGUCGGCACCGGCCCCGGCUGCGGCGCCGGCGGCAAGGUCGCCGGCAAGACCCACGGCGGGCCCUUCCUCUACAUGAUCGAGCCCUCGGGUCUCUACUGGGGCUACUACGGCGCCGCCACCGGCAAGGGCCGCCAGGCUGCCAAGGCCGAGCUGGAGAAGCUCGACCUGGGGGGACCCGGCGGGCCCGCCCUCACCAUGGAGGAGGCCGUCAAGGAGGCGGCGCGCAUCCUGUACGUCGCGCACGACGACGACAAGGAGUUCGAGCUGGAGAUGACGUGGAUCAGCGGGGCUGACGGGCCGACCAAGGGGGCGCAUCGCGAGGUGCCCAAGGCGUUGCGGGAGGAGGCGGAACGGUUGGCAAAGCAGGCGCAGGAGGAGAAGAUGGAGGAGUAGUGGAGGCGGCGUUGGAAUGGGCGGCGUUAUUGUACCAUACGCACCGGAGCGACGGCUGCGGACUUUGCGGGUGGGAAGAUAGACUAAUCUUCAUCUGCACUGGGGGCGCGGGGUCCCGGACACGAACUCGAUCACGACAUUCAUGGCUGUUUCCCCGUUUUUUUUUACUGUCCAGGGACAUGUUUAAGCAGUGCCAACGACUGCGCUGUCCUGAGCGACGUUCUGUAGACACGAAACGUGAUACACUGACGGGGUAUUGAACUGCCUCUAUCUACAACCUAACACACACACACACACACACACACACCUACUUCUCCUCCCGCUCCCCCGCAGCUGUAGCGGCAGUGCUCGCAUGGCUCUGGC